AUGUUCUCGAUUGUGCGCCAGCAGCUGCUUCGUGCGGGUCUUCGUGCGCGUCCUGGCAUGGCCAGUCUGCACACUAGUGCGGCUUUGCGUGAGCUGAGCAAGUUCACGAUGCCGGCCAUGAGCCCGACGAUGGAGGAUGGCGGUAUUGCCUCGUGGCGCAAGAACGAGGGCGAUUCGUUCAGCUCGGGCGAUGUGCUGCUAGAGAUUGAAACCGACAAGGCGACCAUGGAGGUCGAGGCGACGGACGACGGUGUGCUGGCCAAGAUUAUUGUGGCGGCCGGUGCGAAGAAUGUGCCGGUGAACUCGGCGAUUGCGAUUGUCGGCGAGGAGGGCGAUGACCUGUCCGGUGCGGAUGCGCUCGCUGAGGAGGCGAAGAAGGAGUCGGCCUCGUCCGCGUCGCAGGCCGAGGAGUCGAAGGAGGAGAAGCGCGAGAAGUCGGACAAGUCCGAGAAGUCUGACAAGUCGGACAAGUCCGAGAAGCCUGAAAAGUCGGAGAAGCCCGCGAAGAGCGAGGAGAAGCCCUCGAGCAAGCCGCAGGACCGUGUGUUUGCGACGCCCGCGGCGAAGCGCGUCGCGCUCGAGCGGGGUGUGCCGCUGCGCGAGAUCCGGGGCUCGGGUCCUGAGGGCCGCAUUCUGCUGGAGGACGUGGAGAAGUACAAGCCCUCCGCGGGUGCGCCGGCCGGUGGUGCUGCGGCGCCUGCCGAGGCGUACACGGAUGUGCCGCUGUCGAACAUGCGCCGUGUGAUUGCGACGCGCCUGACCGAGAGCAAGUCGACGGUGCCGCACUACUACGUGACGUUCGACGUGGAGAUGGACCGCGUGAACCAGCUGCGUGAGGUGUUCAACCGCGCCGCGAAGGAGUCAGCUAAGGGCGAUGCGGCGAAGGAGAAGGCCGCGAAGCUGUCGGUGAACGACUUUAUCGUGAAGGCGGCGGCUGUGGCGCUCAAGCAGGUGCCUGAGGUGAACUCGGCGUUCCACGGCGAGUUCGUGCGCCAGCACCACGUGCAGGACAUUAGCAUGGCGGUCGCGACGCCGACGGGUCUGAUCACACCGAUCCUGCGCAACUGUGGCGCCAUUGGUCUCGCGGAGAUUGGUGCGCAGAGCAAGGCUCUCGCGGCGAAGGCGCGCGACGGCAAGCUCAAGCCCGAUGAGUACCAGGGCGGCACGUUCACGAUCUCGAACAUGGGCAUGAUGGGCACGUCGCACUUCACGGCGAUCAUCAACCCGCCGCAGAGCUGCAUCCUGGCCCUGGGCGCCACCGAGGCGCGCCUCGUGCCCGACGACUCGGAGAGGGGCUUCCGUGUGGCACACGUGAUGAAGGCGACCAUCUCGGCGGACCACCGUGUGGUGGACGGCGCUACGGCGGCGCGCUGGAUGCAGGCGUUCAAGGCGGCGGUGGAGAACCCGCUGUCGUUCAUGCUGUAG